UUGCUCUGAGUCUGAGGUGAUGACACAUUUGUUCAUGGAGAAUAAAGAUCAAUCAUGGCGUUCUGCUCAUAUCUACCCCUCUCAAUGGCUUCAAACAACCAUAUCAGAAUUGGAUGAGAAAUUGGAUGCUAUGAAGACCAUUUUAGAUGGUGGCAAUUCUUCAAACCAAGAAUACAUGCAUUGCAAAUGGAGAGGAGACCUCAUACAGAUGCUUGAAGAAUUUGGCCAAUCUUACCGUGUAUUAGCCAUAGCAUAUAACCAACUGAAGCUCAAAACAUCUCAUGGUACCUUUUAUUCAGGAUCUUCAUCAUCUUCUGGUACAUCAAAAACCAUUCGUGCUAUCUGCAAUGAAAGAGCAACAUGUAACUUGGAGGAUAAAAAACUCGUGGAGGGCUGGAACCAUCAUCCAAAAUAUCCCGCAGAGCAUUCCAAUAUCAAAUUUGAUGGUACUGACAUCAGUUUUGAUCUUUUGAACAAGCAAGGUGACGAAUGCAAUGAAUUGUUAUCACCUGAUCCAUGCAGCAUGCGAUUUGGACCAGAACUUGAAUGUAGAGACACUCAAAAGGAAGACAGAAAGACAAAAUUUUCCACCACUGAAAAUGAUUCCAUGAAAAUUGAGGUUUCGGAAUUAAAUUGGAGAAUUGAAGAUCCAGCAAUGAUUGAUUUCAAAUUUGACAAUACGUGGUUGACGCUGAAGUAUCAAAUUACAAAACUUGCAGAGGACAAUAUGCAUCAGUUGGUACAGUUGGUCCAAAGAAAUGAUGAAAAGAGAGAUAUCAUUAGAAGGCUUCAAUUAGAGGUGGAAACAUUGAAGCGUGAGAACAAGUCCCUCCAGAUUUCUUUAAGACAAUCCUAUGCUGAUUCAGAAUGCAAUCAACCACAGAUAUCAAGAGCAGGAGGAAGAUCUAUGAGCAAGCUCUUCAGAGGUUGCUCUCCAUGAUAGUUUGUAGACUUUACAUCCUCAGUCUUGCAUUAUAUAUACAAGCCACAUACUAGGGAAU